AUGGUGAAGCUCUCCACUCUCGCAUCCUCAAGACAAUCCCCAACCCAGACCUCUUCCUCUGUAAUAGCCUCAUCAACAUGUACUCCAAGUGUGGGUUUUGUGCAGAAUGCUCUGCAGGGGUGUUUGACGAAAUGCCUGAACGAGACGUUAUCUCGUGGAACACCAUCAUUGAUGGGUAUUUUCUUGCUGAGAUGUUUCCAUAUGUGUUACAGUUCUUUAGGGUGCAUGUUGCAUUCCGGGGUAGCUCUGGAUGAAUUCAGCUUCACAAGUAUUUGUAGGAGUUGCCUUGCUUUGGAGGCCUUUGGUAAUGGAUUGGCUGUUCAUUGUUUGGUGAUCAAGUGUGGUUUUUGGUGGCAACGCUUUUUGUUGCUGAAUGGGCUUGUUGAAGUUUACGCUAAAUGUCACUUCUUGAGAGAAUCUUUGAAAGUUUUUGUUGAUGUAGAACACAAAGACAUUGUCUUGGUUAACACUCUGAUUGGUUUGCUUGCGAAAGCUGGGAAUUUUGAAGAAGCUUUCUUGAUAUUCUUGGAUAAUGUUCUGAUUGCAUCUAUGUGGCCUGAAAGAGCUACUUUUGUUAAUUUGUUGAGUGGGAUUGAUCGCUAUGAAUUUUUGAGAGAAGGGAUGCAAAAUCCAUGGAAGCAAAAAAAUCCAAGGUCAUGGACCACUAUGAUUAAGGGAUACGCAAACCUCGGAUGGUAUCAAGAGGCCAUUAACACCUUCCUGUGGAUUUACUGUGAAGGUAAGAUGAUAGAUAAUGUAUUAUUAGCCUGUGUUCUUAGUGUUGCAGCUGAUUAUGAGUGCUUGCAAAUUGGCAAUCAACUUCAUGCUACUGUGCUUAAGUUGAAAUGUGAAUCAAAUCCUUAUAUAGUCCAUGCUUUGAUUGAUAUGUAUGCAAAGUGUCGGUCUAUGGGAGAUGCUCUGAAACUGUUUCAACAGAUUGGUGGUAAUCGGAUUCAGCUUUUCGUGGACUAUAAUGAUAUCUGGUUAUGUUCAUAA